UUUCAGUACUUUUGUAGGUCAGAAAAAUUAUUUUUAAUUUCUUUCGUCGUUAAUUUCAAUUCAACAAUCAACAUCAUUAGAUGUGAAAGUCAUUAAAUGAAAUUAACAUACAAUUAAAAGUGAUUAAUGCCACUACGCGCUCUUGCCUCCUUCUUAGUGGUCUUCAUUUAACAAACGCCUUCUCUCUUUUUUCCUUUAAAUCUCUGAGCUCUUUUUUCUUCAUUUGUUUUUUUGCCAAAAAAAAAUAUAUAUAUUGAAUCUUCAUUCAUUAAAAAAACAAUUUUUAUUUUUCCCUAUUCAUCUUCGGUUCCUCACCGUCCGAUGCUUUGACUCUGACCAAUCAGUCAAUUUGAGCUUCACAAUCAACGGUCAUGGGUCAUUGUUACAGCCGGAACAUCUCCGCCGUCGAGGACGACGAGAUCCCCACCGGUAACGGCGAGGUUUCGAAUCAACCAUCUCAAAAUCACCGGCAUGCUUCGAUUCCUCAGUCUCCGGUUGCUUCUGGUACUCCUGAAGUCAACUCAUAUAACAUUAGCCCUUUCCAAAGCCCGUUACCGGCGGGAGUAGCUCCAUCACCGGCGAGAACUCCGGGACGGAAGUUCAAAUGGCCGUUUCCUCCACCGUCACCUGCGAAACCGAUUAUGGCGGCUUUGAGACGACGACGUGGCGCUCCGCCUCAGCCUCGAGAUGAGCCGAUCCCGGAGGAUAGUGAAGAUGUAGUAGAUCACGGUGGUGACAGUGGCGGCGGAGAGAGGUUAGAUAAGAAUUUCGGGUUUGGGAAGAACUUCGAAGGGAAGUAUGAGUUAGGGAAAGAAGUAGGGCGAGGGCAUUUUGGUCAUACUUGUUGGGCAAAAGCGAAGAAAGGCAAGAUGAAGAACCAAACCGUGGCUGUCAAAAUCAUCUCUAAAGCUAAGAUGACGUCGACGUUAUCUAUUGAAGAUGUUCGUAGAGAAGUGAAAUUGCUGAAAGCUUUAUCAGGGCAUAGGCAUAUGGUUAAGUUCUAUGAUGUAUAUGAGGAUGCUGAUAAUGUCUUUGUUGUUAUGGAGUUAUGCGAAGGUGGAGAGCUAUUGGAUAGAAUUUUGGCGAGAGGUGGACGAUACCCUGAAGUCGAUGCCAAACGUAUUCUUGUGCAGAUUUUGUCUGCAACAGCAUUUUUUCACCUUCAAGGUGUCGUGCACCGUGAUCUGAAGCCGGAGAAUUUUCUCUUUACCAGCAGAAAUGAGGAUGCGAUACUCAAGGUCAUAGAUUUUGGCUUGUCUGAUUUCAUUAGAUACGAUCAGCGUCUCAAUGAUGUUGUAGGAAGUGCAUACUAUGUUGCACCUGAAGUACUCCAUAGGUCUUACAGCACUGAAGCAGAUAUGUGGAGCAUCGGUGUCAUAAGUUACAUACUUCUCUGUGGAAGCAGACCUUUCUAUGGAAGAACUGAGUCUGCAAUAUUCCGUUGUGUGCUUAGAGCAAACCCUAAUUUUGAGGAUAUGCCUUGGCCUUCUAUAUCUCCUACUGCCAAAGACUUCGUGAAAAGGCUUUUGAACAAGGACCAUAGGAAACGAAUGACAGCUGCUCAAGCUCUAGCUCAUCCGUGGUUACGUGACGAAAACCCCGGUUUGCUUCUUGAUUUCUCGGUCUACAAGUUGGUCAAGUCCUAUAUCCGUGCCUCACCUUUCCGACGAUCAGCACUUAAGGCUCUCUCGAAAGCUAUACCUGAUGAAGAACUUGUGUUCCUUAAGGCACAGUUCAUGCUCCUGGAUCCUAAAGACGGAGGCCUAUCCCUUAACUGUUUCACAAUGGCUUUAACAAGAUAUGCUACUGAUGCUAUGAUGGAAUCAAGGCUUCCUGACAUUUUAAAUACGAUGCAACCUCUGGCGCAAAAGAAGCUUGACUUUGAAGAGUUCUGUGCGGCUGCGGUCAGUGUUUACCAACUGGAGGCUCUUGAAGAAUGGGAACAGAUUGCAACUUCAGCAUUUGAGCACUUUGAACAUGAAGGAAACCGAAUCAUAUCUGUCCAAGAACUCGCCGGGGAGAUGAGCGUGGGACCGAGUGCAUAUCCUCUGCUCAAGGAUUGGAUCCGAAGUUCGGAUGGAAAGCUGAGUUUCUUGGGGUACGCUAAGUUCUUGCAUGGUGUGACCGUACGAAGCUCAAGCUCGAGACCUAGGUGACACACCAUGAUGUAAAAAGUCUUCUAACAUGUGAAUUGAGUUUCAAGAAACAUCCUAAACAAUGUCGUCGUCAGAGACCUUGGAUUCAAAGAUUAAAAAAAAAAACUUGAAAUGGAAGUGAAGUCAGGUAGGUAUUUCCUUUGUAAAUGAUUCUUUGAGCAUUUUGUUUUCGAAACAAACUAAAAAAGGAAAAACAUAUUAUAUAUGUUAUAGAAGGAAUUGGAGAGGUGUUGUUCUUCUGGUUUUAUUCUCUGCUUUCACUUUCGUUAGUCUGAUAAUAUGUUGUGUACAGAAGGCGAUAGAAGUUUUUUAGCCGAUAGUUGAAGCAAGUGUCAAAUUUAGUGUAUAGGAAUGAUAAAGUGUUUUUUCUUACUCGUAUUGUGAGUACGAGUCCUUCGGUGUGAAUGAUACUGUGGAGUGCCCCAUGCUCGUGAGAGGAGCUGGCUUUGUGGCUUUGGCAAAUCC